CCAGAACCCAAACCAGAACCAGAACCCAUUAUACAGAAGAAACACCAAAGAUGCGGUGGACUGGUCAAGGACACAUUUUGCAAGGAGACAUGCUGCUGGAGAAGAAUUCGAGUCACUCCGGCUCCUGAACCCAAACCAGGACCAGAGCCCAAACCAGAGCCAAAUCCCAUCGUACAGAAGAAACCCCAAAGAUGCGAGAAAACCAACACCAGUGAUGUGGAGGGGGCCGUCCCCAACUUUGGGUCAGUACAUCACAAGAACCACAGCAAGACGAGAAUUUAUCAAAUCACUGUUAGAGUCUGGGAGCUCUGAGGUGAUGAAGUUGACGCAGGCUCUGACCCAUUUCAUUUUUUAUUUCAGAUUUCCAAACUUCGGGCGGACGUGCUACCUCAACUCCUGCCUGCAGAGCCUCCUGACCCUAAAAGACUUCUUUGCGAGCAUCCGGUCUAUGGAGCCAGUCUGGAGCUCAGUCCCUGGAGCUGAGCUGCUGAGGUACAACAACCGUGUCACGCUCACGUUUCACCCUAAACCUGGAGAACGAAACAAACCAACAGCAAAACAUUUGUAUUGUUUUUGUUUUCCACAGACACCUGAACCAGAUCAAUGAUAUGCACGCAACCCCAGACUUAAGAGAGAAAUGCCGCCUCCUGCUCAAGUUUAAAGUAGCAGUGUCGCUGCAGGAUCCCGAGUUCAGGGACGGUCAAGAGAAAGUGAGUCCCCUGACCUUGUUUUGUUAUUCUACCUCAUGAUGGUGUGCUCAGUGUAUAAACUCUUUUGUGCGUUUUUUUUUUAAUUCAGGAUGCUCACGAGUUCCUGCUGUCAGUCCUGAAUCAGAUUCAAGGUCUGUCCCCUGUUUUAAAGGAGGGGGCAGCACAGUUAGGGACAUCAUACACCUGCCCUGUGGAAGAGAACUUUGUGUUCUGGAUGGACAACAGCAGGACAUGCAAGACGUGUGGAGCCCAAACUACAACACGUGAGAAAUUCACAAACAUUUCUCUGGAUGUGGUUCCUGGGGCUUCCAUCGAGGAAAUGCUGAAGGCCUACCAGAGCGAGGAAGACUUGGAGUGCAGCUGCCAAUGCGGAGGGAAGAUUUCUGGACGAAAAUCCAGCCUGGACACCCUGCCAGGUUUCCUCAUUGUGCACCUGAAGCGUUUCCGCUUCACUGAAGCGUACACCCUGGAGAAGGUGAUAGACCCCGUCCAGAUUCAGAGGGACAUGCUGGUGUCCUCUAACCAAGGUGGCGGCUGCUACAGUCUGGUCAGCGCCAUCAGCCACUAUGGCAACAUAUGCCGAGGACACUAUAUUGCCGACGCUAUCCAUCCAGACAGCUGCUCUGAGACACAGAUUGACCGCUGGCUCACACUCAACGACUUUUUAGUCAAAGAGACAGUGGGCUCAUCUGUGCGGCCUGGAGAGAACGUCGAGACGCUCCCCCCAACCAUCAUCACCAUUAUCGCCCCCGCUGUGCUCAGAAGCACCCCGUGGCGGGGCAUCCUGUGCAACAACCAUCACAUCAAGCCCAUGGUCUGCCGUGCUCUAGACCCACUGCAGUUUGUGUAUCAGAAGAAGAUGGGGGUGGAGGACGCCAGCCUCAACCCGCUCCACUGA